AUGUCCUCGCGCACCCCCAUCGUCAGCAUGAAGGUCGCCAUCGUCGGUGCCGGCAUCUCCGGCCUCUCUGCUGCCUCCGUGCUGGCCAAGGCGGGCCACCGUGUGACCAUCUUUGAGAAGAGUGCGCAGCUAGGGGGGCACGCUAGGACGGUGCUGGUGGACGGAACGCCCGUUGACGUGGGCUUCCAGCUGCUCAACAGGCAAGUCGGGGAUUGCGUGCAGCUGCAGUUCGUGAAUUACGCAACGACGUACCCCACCCUGGUCCGCUUCUUGGGAGAGUACCAGGUUGAGCUGGAGCCGUCCCCCCUGACCUUCGCUUUUGACUUCACUGACACCCCGGCGCAAGGCCCCUCCAGUGCCGACCUGGCCCUCUUUGCUGAGGACGCGCUUUCCUUCUUGGAGGCUGCUCCCCAGCCCGAGGUCACCCUGGGCCACUUCCUGGAGGGGGGGGGCUACUCUGCCGCGUUCCAGAGGGGCUAUCUGGUGCCGGUCUGCGCAGCGGUCUGGUUCACGAGCAAGGAGGCCAUUCUGGGGGCGUCGGCGUACACAGUGCUCAGCUUCUUGCGGGACCACAAGAUGCUCCAGGCGUCUGGGCGCCUGGACUGGUUGACGGUCAAGGGGCGGACCCAGACUUACAUCAGCAAGGUCGUGAGCAGCCUUAAGGAGCAUGGUGUUCAGAUUCUCACUAACUCCCCUGUUGCAGCAAUUGAGAGGACAGCCGCAGGCGUGACCAUCACUGCCAACGGGGUCUCCGCCACCUUUGACAAGCUGGUGCUUGCCACCCACGCCCCCGACGCCCUGGCCCUGCUUGGAGAGGGCGCCACCCCUGCGGAAAAGGCGGUUUUGGGGGCUUUCACGUACAACAAGAGCACUCUGGUACUCCACCGCGACGCGGCCCUGAUGCCCGCGGACCGCGCUACCUGGGGCGCCUGGAACUUCGUGGGCUCCGCCGCAGGGGCCUCCUCCGUCACCUACUGGCUCAACAAGCUCCAGCACCUGGAGCGCGCUGCGCCGCUCUUCCUGACCAUCAACCCGCACGUGCCCCCCCGCCACGUGGUGGACGGCGACUAUCCCUGGCUGCACCAGGGGCCCCACCCCGACGCCGCGGCCGCCAAUGCGCAUGUUGCGCAGCUGCAGGGGGGCAACAACACCUGGUUUGCGGGCGCCUACCAGGGCUUCGGCUUCCACGAGGACGGCUGCAAGGCCGGCAUGGCCGCCGCCCUCAGCCUCCUGGGCGACACCACGCCUGCCCCUGUCGCCGUGGAGGCGCUCCCUCUCGCCUUCAAGGGUUGCAAGCCGUUGGCACCCAUCGAAGAUAGGCUGCAGGUCCCCGUAGCCACUGAGAGGAGAAUCGUGCGGGCCUCUUAUGACGACGUCAGACACGACGUCCAGGUUCGAAACGCGUUGCCACUUCGGUCGUUCAGCUAG